AUGGCAAAUCCAGAGCAACAGAUGCAGCUGGUCUUCAUCCCAUCCCCAGGCGUCGGCCACCUAGCCGCCAUGGUCGAACUCGCCGACCUCCUCGUCCGCCGCCGCCCCGCCCUCUUCAUCUCCGUCCUAAUCAUCACCACCCCUUCCACCGCCGCCACCGUCACCCGCUACACCGACUCCCUCCCCGCCUCCCCGCGAAUCGACCUCCUCCACCUACCCAACACCGACGCGCCCCCGGCCGCCGGCGGCGAUUUCGCCAUGAUCGAAACCCAAAAGCCCCGAGUCCGAGAAGCCGUCUCCGCCGUAAUCAACCGCUCCCGCGGCGGCGCCCGACUCUCCGGGUUCGUCCUCGACAUGUUCUGCACCUCGUUGGCCGACGUGGCCGGCGAAUUCGCCGUCCCGUCCUACAUUUUCUUCACCUCCCCCGCCUCUGCCCUCGGGUUCGUCCUCCACAUCCAGGCCGCGCACGACGGCGAGGAGCGAUUCGACGCCACCGAGUUUCGGGGAACCGAGUUGGCCGUACCGAGUUGGGCAAGCCCGGUCCCUCGCUCGGCUUUCCCUACCAACGUCACGAAGAAGGAAUGGGUCCAAUUUCUGUACAGAAUCGCCAGAGACAUCAGGGGAAGCAGGGGAAUUUUGAUCAAUACGGUGAGGGAAUUCGAAUCCCACGCCGUGGAUUCUCUCUCCUCCGCCCUCAAGGUGUAUCCGGUUGGACCGAUUCUCAACCUGAAGGGCGGCGACACCGCCGCAGGAGGGGCGGCGGCGGAGGCGAUUGAGUGGCUGGACCGGCAACCGGAGUCGACGGUGGUUUUCCUCUGUUUCGGGAGCAUGGGAGCGUUUCCCGAGGCGCAAGUGAGGGAGAUUGCCCGUGGGCUGGAAGCCAGCGGGCAGAGGUUUCUCUGGUCGCUCCGCCGGCCGGGACAGGGAGGGCCGCGAGCCACUCCGACGGACUACGAGAACGUCGGGGAAGUUCUGCCGGAAGGGUUCGCUGACCGGACGGCGGAGGUCGGGAGGGUGAUAGGGUGGGCUCCACAAACGAGCAUUCUGGCUCACAGAGCCGUCGGAGGGUUCGUGUCGCACUGCGGGUGGAACUCGACGCUGGAGAGCGUGUGGUUCGAGGUGCCGAUGGCGACAUGGCCGAUGUACGCGGAGCAGAAGCUCAAUGCGUUCCUGCUGGUGAAGGAGCUCGAGAUAGCCACGGAGAUCAGGAUGAGUUACAGCAGCGAGAGCGGGGAGAUCGUGACGGCGGAUGAAAUCGAGAGAGGCGUCAGACAAUUGAUGGAGAAGGAUCGCUCGAGGGAGGCGAGACUGAAGAGAUUUAGCGAAGACAUCAAGAAGGCGUUGAUGGAUGGUGGAUCUUCGUCGUCUUCGAUUGCUGAAUUUUUUGAGGAUGCGAGUAAUGGUGCCAUGUGA